AUGGAAAUUUGUACUUGGGCACUCCAGAGAGGAACCGUGGAACCCCCCUGCCACUUGCUUCCGACGUGUUCUGGAUGAGACAGAUGGCGUCUUACGCGAACGAAGUUUCUUCUGGAAGUCGUGCCAAUGGCUCGGAAGAUGAAGAGCCAGGGCCCGUUACUGUUGCAGCAGUUACUCUGCCUGUGAACUCGAAUGGUGACGUGCUGGUUACGCAGAGAGCGUUCCGCGGCAUGUAUGAUGGAAUGUGGGUUUUCCCUGGGGGCCAUGUUGAUGGCGGCGAGGCGCUGUCAGCAGCAGCAGUGAGAGAGGUCUUGGAGGAAACAGGCUUGCGGGUGGUGAAGGAUUCAUUGAGGCCGCUAGCAGUAUGGGAGGGAACCGUGACGUCGAAGAAGAGGCAGUUUUGUGUUGUCUUCUUUGCAGCCGAUGUCAGCGGAAACUCUGAGAACAUGUACUUGCAAACAAAAGAGGUUCAUCGAGCUACUUGGAUCCCAGCGGAUCUCUUGCCACGAAUGCUGGAUACCCACGUCUUGCAUGAAAAUGAGCUUGAAGGCUGUGCAGUUGUUGGCAACGAGCAAGAAUCGACAAAAAUCAAGCUGUCAGAACUCCAGAAAGGAUUGGGCGAAGGUCAUAAAUUUGCUCUCCGAGCGUAUCUAGAAUCAAGGAAGGUGGAGACACCGUUGAACCAAGAUCCCUUCUUGGACAGUAGUGAUGAUUAUUCAAGCUCUUAUCGUUCCAUCUGAACAGGACUAUCUUCUUAUUUAUCUGUACAAAAUGUUAUAUGAAUGGACUGUAUAUAAACAAUUUUCAACGG